AUUUCUCUUGAUUAGGUAUUAAUUUGUUUACUUGUUAUCGAUUAGCAUUGUAUGUUGAUGAUGAUGCAUAAUGCAUAUUGGUUGGAUAUUAUCCAUAUCAAUUUGAUUUUGGUCGAUCCUUUUACCACUUGAAAUCAGGAAGUAAUUCCAAUUGUGAAAGAGAUUACUGAAAUUGGUUCAGCAAAGUCACUAUAAUUUGGGAAACAGAAUUUGGUAGUUUCCUGUUUAGUUUUAAACUUUUUCUUUUCCCUUAUGGACUAAGCAACACGCAAACCUAUUAUCAAUCCCAUAGGGAGCAGGAUUCAAUCGCAUAUCACUCCUAUAAAUACAGAAGAGGAGGGAUCUCUCUUUAUUUCACACAUCUUUUGAUACGCAGCCAUACUUAAUCGUGGUUUGUAUUGGUUAUUACAAAUUCUUUUCAUAUAUUUGCAUAGUAUUCACCGUGAAUGAUAGUGAUUAAUUGUAGAAAUAUUAUUAAUCAACAAUGGAGUCGUCUCAGGAGCCGAAUAUUAAUUCAGCUCCCAAGUUACCAAUCCCCGGGAAGAGGAAUGUUUUGAUCACCGGGGCUCUUCCCUACGUGAACAACGUUCCGCACCUCGGAAACCUGAUCGGCAGCGUGCUGAGCGCCGAUGUAUUUGCCAGAUUCUGUAGACUGAGAGGACAUAACACUCUCUACAUAGGUGGGACCGAUGAGUACGGAACCGCCACAGAGAUUAAGGCGGUGGAAGAGAAACUUACACCUAGGCAAAUCUGCGACAAGUACCAUGCCCUUCAUAAACAGGUUUACGAAUGGUUCGACAUAAGUUUCGACAAGUUUGGUCGCACCUCGACGCCAACGCAUACAGAGGUUUGCCAAUCAGUUUUCAAGAAGCUAUGGGAAAACAAUUUGGUUUCGGAGGAUACCAUGCAUCAAUUCUAUUGCGAAAAUUGUCAGAGGUUCUUAGCGGAUCGGUUCGUGGAAGGAAACUGUCCCGAACCGGGAUGUGGAUCCGUUUCCGCGCGAGGCGAUCAAUGCGAUAAGUGCGAGAAGCCUUUGAACCCGACACAGCUACUCGAGCCGAGAUGUAAGGUUUGUCAUCGUCAUUCUCUUGAAAUUCGAGACACGAAACAUUUGUUCCUGGAGCUCCCCGCGCUGGAGGAGAGGUUGAGAACCUACAUUGCCGAGACGGAAACGCAAGGACAUUGGACGGAAAACGCGUCCAAAACCACUCAAAAGUGGCUCGAAGAAUUGCAAAAAAGGAGUAUUACGAGAGAUCUCGAGUGGGGUGUUCCCGUACCCCUGGAGGAAUACAAGGACAAAGUGUUUUACAUGUGGUUUGAUGCGCCGAUCGGAUACGUCUCGAUCACCGCGUGCUACACUCCCGAGUGGGAGAAGUGGUGGAAGAAUCCACAAGAUGUUGAGCUUUAUCAGUUUAUGGGAAAGGAUAACGUCCCUUUCCACACGGUUAUGUUCCCGUCGACGCUGAUCGGAACCGACGAGGACUGGACAUUGGUGAAAGGUAUCAGCGCUACCGAGUACCUGAAUUACGAAUCAGGCAAGUUCUCAAAGAGCAAAGGGAUAGGGGUUUUCGGAACUGACGUGAAAGAUACCGACAUUCCGGCUGAAGUCUGGCGAUAUUACUUGCUCGUAAACCGGCCGGAGGCAUCAGACACGGCUUUUAACUGGGAUGAUCUUCAGGCAAAGUGUAACAACGAGUUGCUGAAAAACCUAGGGAAUUUCAUCAACCGUGUCUUGACCUACCUCGUAAAAGAUCCCGGAUACGGUUCCGUGAUCCCUGACGCCGAGAAUGCUGAAUUACAUCCAUCAACUCAGGCUUUGGCUGCCAAAGUUGGUAAAUGUAUGGUUGAAUAUAAAGCUGUCAUGGAAAAGUUGAAGCUGAAACAAGGUUUAAAGAUAGCCAUGUCCGUUUCGACGUUGGGGAACGGAUAUUUACAAGAAACUGAGUUUUGGAGACUUUAUGAGGAGGAUCGAACUCAAUGCUCUAUAGUCAUGAAAACUUCUGUCGGGCUGGUUUAUCUUUUGGCCACUCUUUUAGAGCCUUUCAUGCCAUCUGUUUAUGCUAAAAUACGAAAACAGCUCAAUCUGCACCCUGAGGAGGAAUCGCUUUCGCUUUGUGAUGGUGAUAUUGAAAGGGCAUCAAGACCAUGGGAGCUUUUGCCUGGAGGUCACAGAAUCGGGACCCCUUUACCAAUUUUUAAACAGAUUAAAGAUAACCAAGUCUUUGGCCUGAGGAAACGGUUUGCUGGAAGUUGA